GGAGUGGCAUGUGAGGAUGGCAGGAGAAUCUAGGACGAGGGGGAGAAACCUGAUCACUGGCAGAUUGAAAAAUGAAGAGGGUUUUACCAAAGAAGGCCCUAUCAAUCACGACAGUGGGAAGGCUAGUGUGAUACAGCUAGACCGAGAGCUGAAGGCCUUGAAGGAAGAAAAUACCAAAUUGCAGAAUGACUUAGACAAUGUCAAGAGCAUCUAUGAUCAGCUUGUGACAGAAGGUCCAGUGGAGCAGUAUGGUGAGAGGAGAGUGAACCUACUCAAGGCACAAGUAAUUCAACUAGAGAGACAGGUGCUAAUGCAAGCUGAGGCUCUGAGCUCUAGAUCUGGUGUCCUUUUUGAAGUGGAGAAUAAUCUUCAAACAAUUGCUGAUAAUUUCAGGGAACUGCUGGCCAGCAAAACUAAAGGCCCAUCUGUCCAAGUUCAAAGGUCACAGAUCACUACCAUGAUAGAAACAGCUGAGUCAGCACGCCUUAGACUGUACAAGAAUCUAGAGAUCAACAACCAAGAGAAGUUGGAACAGCCUCUUAUCUUCACAGGCCUCUAUGCUAAACCCAAACCACAUCGCUAUGACAACAAACCAGUCGACAUCAUGGAUGUAUGCAGUGGAAAGAUAGAACAUCUCAACCUUAAACAUGUGGCUAAAUUAGAAUCCAAACUCUUCACCUUGAAUCAACAACUCAACAGUCUCCACCAAUCACUUAAGACCUGCUGGUCACCUGACAGCCACGCCCUGCAGCAGGCAGCCAAUCAUCAUCUUCCAUCAGCUGUCAAUCACAGAUUGUCCAGCCUUCUUAAUGACACUGAGAGACAGUUGGUAGAGUGCUGUCAAGAUCUUGUAUCGCUCUCAAUCCUGGUUCCUGCAGCUCCAUGGCCUCUCCUGACCAAAUCUGUAAUUCCUGAAAUCAAGACUGAUGAUGUCAUGACAGCUCUUCCCACAUUCCCAAGAAACAAACAACAGCAGGUAAAGUCGGUCAUUGAUGCUGUGAUCAAGGCUAGCAACUAUGCAAGGAGAGUCUCAAAAAUGGAGGCCAAGGCUUGUGUAGAAGAAUUGAGAUUCCACCAGGCUCUCUACGAUGUACAGUUUAAGUACAUGGCUUCACUUUAUGCAGCUGUAAGAGAAGCAUACAUGAUGUUUGAAGACAGCAUCCAGAAGACGCUUUGUGGCCCUAUGAAAGAAGUUCUGUCAUCGUUUGAGAAGUUAAAGCAGACAGCCUCUGAAGAAGCCUUGAGAGAGUUCUUGACAGAUUUCAAACUUCACAAAUCACAAUUGGAAACAGCCGUUGAUGGUUUGACACAGACUCAGGGUCAGGGUGCCGAGGCCAUAUCUGAGCAUGGACAGCAGUUCCUAGAGGCGGUCAAGACAGAGGCCGAGAGGUCAGCGGAAGAGAGGGACAGACUCGCUGAAGAGUUGGAGGAGGUCAAGAGAAUAAGAGACCAGCAUCUCAAGGAAGGGAUGGAUGUCUUGAGGGUUUCAAAACCUGAAGAUAGUGAACCUGCUGUGAGCGGUGGGAAUGAAGCUAUGGAUAAUGGAGAAAAGAAGAGCUGACUGUAAAAGGGACGCUUGAGUCAAUAUUUGUGCAAUAUAUGUUAUGUAAUGUAUCGGUAUUCAAAUGAGUGUAGGUUUCCCACCUUCCCAGCUUGUAGCUCAUACCGUCAUGGAAUCACUACUUACACAUACCGUCUUUCGAGAGCCAGAGGAGGGAUAAUUCACAUACUUCAACAUAGAGUUAACAGCAUCCUGGCUUUUGACAGACGAUACAAUUAUUAGGAUCUCUGUCCAGUAGUGCCGUGUUUGUGCCAUCGAACUGGAUCGACCAAAUUAAUUGAUUCAUAAUAUAUGUAUAUGCAAUAUU